GAUGACUCCCGCUGGGGACUGGCCCUAACGGCUAAUCAGUUGAGUUGUUUCGCUGGUCUAGCGGUAAACAGGCUUGAUCUGAUACGAUCAGACGACAAUAAGUUCAACAUAAUCAGCAGCAAACAGUAUCUUCUUCUUCUUCUUUUAGCACAACAACCGUUGUCUGUCAAGGCCUGCCUGUACCACUUGUAGGCUUGGCUUUCAGUGACUUAUUGAUUUCCCCCCAUAGCAGGAUAGUUAGUCCUACGGCGGCAUGGGCCAUUCGCGGCUUGAUCCCAUGAAGGGCAUGUUGUUAACUCGUACGAGUUGACGACUGUACAACGAGACCGGCUUAAACAGAUAACCACAUUAACUAUAGCACAUAUCGUGUGAAUGCUGUUCCUGUUAUAAUUGCAAUUUUAAAAAAUUUCUUAGUUCAAAUUAAUUCAUUUAUUUGGGAAGUAAAAGAUACCCUAGCAUUUGGUACAGGGUUUUUUUGCUGUAGCAGCAACAGGAACAAAAUGUGUUCUUUAUAUGUUUUUACCAGAGCAAAAAAAAAAGUAUAAUUAUUCUAAUGCGGUCAUUAGCCUAUUGGCCUUACCCUUUGCACGACACCCCACCCGUGAUGUUAUGCUUUGGCCGACUUAGUGAGAGACAACAGCUAGCUUGGCGGUAUCAACGGACGACGCCGUCUCCCGUUAUUAUCUGAUCGUGUUGAAGCUGACGCCUGCAUCCACCGAUGAUGUAUUGCAUACGACCGUGAGAGAACGCUUGUCCGUGGGCAGUAGGGCGCGAUUGAAUGAUGCGUUAUAAAUGUGUUGAACAAGCUGAACGCAGUCCCAGUCAUCUGUAGCGUUGUCGUGUUGCGUGCGUUAAGUGAUAGAAUUCUGGGUGUACGUUUGAAUUUAGUUUCGCCGUCCAUAACCAGUAAGAAACAAGUGAACAUGAGCUACUGCAUCAUAGGCGCCGGCAUGGCAGGAUUGGCUGCCGCACGACGUGUGCUCGAGAUCGGAGCACAGGUUACAAUUUUUGAGCGAAUGGAUCAGCUUGGUGGAACAUGGAUCUACACCGAUGAAGUUGGUGUCGAUCGUUACGGGCUUCCUGUGCAUACCAGUAUGUACCGUGGAUUGCGUACGAACUUGCCCAAGGAGGUAAUGGGAUAUCCGGACUUCCCAAUACCGGCACAACGCGAUUCGUACAUUGUUUCGGAUGAUAUUUUGUCAUUUUUACGCCUGUACGCCGAUCGGUAUCAUAUCAAAGACUGUAUCAAGUUCGAGCAUCAUGUCGUGCAAGUCCAUCCCACGGACGGUGAACGCUGGAUUGUUGAAGUAGAGAAUCUAGCAGAUCAUCAAAAGGAGCAGCAUGUUUUUGAUUACCUGUUUAUCUGUAACGGUCAUUAUCACACUCCGAACGUACCGACAGUGAACGGAAGCGAAAUUUUCCAGGGACAGCAACUGCACAGCCACGAUUAUCGUUGUACUGAACAUUACAAAGACAAAGCGGUGCUCGUUAUGGGCGCAGGUCCUUCCGGUAUGGAUAUAGCACUAGAACUGGCAAAAACAGCGCGCCGUGUAACGAUCAGUCACCACAUGGAGCGACUGACCUUCCCUUUCCCUUCCAACUUGUCCCAACAGUCAGACGUUUCCAUGCUUACGGAAACCGGAGCAAAGUUCACGAACGGAAGUGAGGAGUCAUUCGACGUAGUUCUAUACUGCACAGGUUUCCGAUAUAACUUUCCCUUCCUUGGUGCGGAUUGUGGCAUCGAAGUGCAAGAUAACCACGUACAGCCGCUGUACAAACAUUGCAUCAACAUUAACCACCCAACGAUGGCGUUCAUCGGACUACCGUUCUACGUGUGUGCGGCACAAAUGAUGGAUCUUCAGGUUCGAUUUUGUCUGGCAUACUUGACGGGUAGACAGCAUCUACCACCAGCGCACGAGAUGCUGGAAGAUGCGGCGCAAGAAUUUGAGGAUCGUUUACAGCGCGGAUAUAAGAAAAGACACGCACACAUGAUGGGACCGGAGCAGGGCCGGUAUUAUGACGAUCUUGCAAAGACGGCCCAAAUUGAAACCAUUCCCCUGGUAAUGACCAAACUGCACAACGAAAGCAGUCAACGGUUUGUAGACGAUUUAAUACACUUCCGCGAGGACGUAUUUAGAAUCGUAGAUGACGAAUAUUUCGAAUAUGUAAAGGAAUAAUUGCUCAACAGGUCGAUGCAUUUUAUCUUGUGUCAAGCAGGAACAGGCUAACAUAUAAAAUGAUAGAUAUUUUUCUAUAACGCAGAGUAAAUCGCAAACCGUUUGCUCUUAAAUCAUUAACGUUCAUUUGCGCAUGUGAAGCCGGAAGUUUACUCACAGUCACGCUCUUUGGUUUCCAUUUCUGUCCGUUACGUUAAAAUCAAUAAAAAAGACAGAAACACUUUUGUUUACGUAAAUGUUCGACAAGCGUUUAUAUAAAAAAAAAACAUGCAAACAAACAUUUUCUCCGCCUUGCUUUAUCACGAACGAAAACUGAUUAAAAACAAAUUCACGCAGGGAAGAAGAGUGAGCAAACAAAGCAAAAUUAUUAACGUCAAUUAAUAUAUAAAUACGAAUAUGAAAUAUCCAUUAAUAUAAACGUAAAUAUAAAUGUAAAUAUAAAUAUGAUAUGUAAAUUAACGUUAAAAUGAAUAACAAAAGGCAAAUAAACUUUUGUAUUUACGUAAAUUCUCUUCUAGUGUUUGUAUGAAAAUUAAAAAAAUAAUAAAACAUUUUCUCCGCCUUGCUUUAUCACGAGCGAAAACUGAUUAAAAUCAAAUUGACGCAGGGGAGUAGAGUGAGCAAACAUAGCAGUAAACAAUGCAUUCACGUGUAACUAACCGCGUUCGUUGCAAGUGGUAGAAUUUUCUAGAUUUUACAUCUGCCUAUGAUUUGUUUUGAUUAAACGCUACAAAGGAAAUAAUAAAUUUUCGAUAAGCUUCUAGAAGUUUAAUUUAA